AUGCCGCAAGCGAAGGAUACACGCAGCGUUGAUGCGGUCCUAGUGAGUCUAACGCGGGAAGAAAAGGUGUUGCUCCUGGCCGGUAGCAGUUUCUGGGAAACCACCGCGAUUCCUGCUAAAUCUAUACCAUCCAUCAAGCUUUCUGAUGGACCGAACGGUGUCAGAGGAGCGGCAAUGAAGGGAGGCCCAACCUCUACCUGUUUUCCCUGCGCCGUCUCGCUUGCUGCGACAUGGAACAUGGGUUCUGUCCGAGAGGUUGGCAAGGCACUUGGUGAGGAAGCAAAGACGAAAGGCGCGAAUCUGCUGCUCGGUCCGACGGUCUGCCCCCAUCGCCAUCCUCUCGGCGGAAGGAACUUCGAAUCAUUUUCCGAAGACCCCUACCUCGCCGGGACCAUGGCAUCGGCCUACAUCGACGGUCUUCAGGGAGAAGGCAUUGGCUCUGCAAUCAAACAUUUCGCCGCGAACGAGCAGGAGACGUUUCGCAACAUUGUGGAUGUGGCCGUCUCCGCGCGAGCCCUCCGCGAGAUAUACCUCAGACCAUUCGAGAUCGCGAUCAAUCAGGCCAAGCCAUGGGCCUUGAUGACGGCGUAUAACUCGGUUAAUGGAAGCCACGCGGAUUGCAACGAGAUGCUGUUGCGGGAUAUCCUUCGCCGCGAAUGGAAGUGGGAUGGCCUCGUCAUCAGUGAUUGGGGCGGCUCGACUUCGCUGAUUGAAUCCCUUGGUGCAGGGCUGGAUCUGGAAAUGCCAGGCCCGCCAACAAUUCGGAAGCCCGAGGCCAUUCUGCGGGCGUUAGAAACGGGUCAGAUUUCCGAGUCUCUUGUUGAUGACCGUGUAAGAGCUGUUCUGCAAUUAGUUGCCAGGACUACUGGCUUUGGCCCGCAGCAGCAGUACGAAGAAUAUGCCGAUGAUAAGACAAGCCACCGCGAGCUGAUCCGGCGACUGGGCAGCGAAGGUAUUGUGCUCCUCAAGAAUGACGAUGGUAUCCUUCCACUUAACCUCGCGAGACCUGGUGCCCAAACUACGAAGGUUGCGCUUCUAGGCUUUGCGGACGAGGAACUUAUACACGGAGGAGGGAGUGCGGCUGUGAAUGCGCAUUACCGCGUCACUCCAGCUGAAGGUCUCAAGAAGGCGCUGGAACAUUGCAAUGUGGAGUUCGAGUGCGUCAAAGCGCACACACUCAGAAAGUUGCCCCCAAUGGUAGACAACGUGACGAACAAGGAGAGAAAUCCCGGAUGGGAUAUAGAGUUUCUCCAUAGCCAGACCUCCAACACCCUCCCUUGUCUGACACAACCCUUGUAUAUCCCCACUGUGCCGGGAAACGAGGGGCUGGCGAUACGGGCCGCGACUACUUUCUGCCCCCCAUCCAGCGGACGGCAUUACAUCUCGUUAUCAGGCCUUGGCCCCAGCUCGCUACUGAUAAACGGCAAAGAGGUCUACCGGCAAGCUGGGAACUGUCCCGACCUCAUGGCAUUCAUCCUAUCGAGCUACGCCGAUGUUCCCGUGCAAUACGACUUCGUCGCUGGUCAGCUGUAUCACAUCGAAGUCGUGUCCCACCCUCUGGAGGCCUACAACGGUCCCGCGUUCAUGAACGGCCGCGACGGAUUCUCAGUUGGCUUCAUGCUCCAGUCAAACCGCGAAGCCAACUUGCUUGCAGAGGCUGUGGCCGUAGCUGUGCGUAGCGACAUUGCGAUCGUUUUCACGGGCAACACGGCAGAGUGGGAAGCCGAAGGCCAGGAUCAGGUCUCAUUCCACCUCCCUCGAGAUGGAUCGCAGGACCGGCUCGUGAGUGCAGUCGCAGCCGCGAACGGAAACACGAUCGUGGUCAACUGCACGGGAGUCCCCGUCGCAAUGCCCUGGAUAAACGAAAUCAAAGCUCUUGUGCAAGCCUGGUUCCCAGGCCAGGAGGCGGGAAACUCCAUCGCUGAUAUCCUCGUUGGUAACCGUUGCCCUUCGGGGAAACUGCCUGUUACAUUCCCUCGGGCGAUAGAAGACGCCCCUGCCUUUGGAAACUUCCCCGGCGGCUUCGAUCAUGACGGCCGAGCGUGCGUGCGGUAUGAAGAGGGCGUGUUCGUGGGAUAUCGCUUCUACGACCAUGGACCGGAGCAGCGAGAGAAAGUCCUGUUCCCCUUUGGCUACGGGUUGAGUUACACCUCAUUUACGUUGUGUGAUAUUUCCCUGAGUGUUUUUGAAGACGACCAUGAUGACCCCGUCCAAGUGCACGUCACCGUCUCCAACAUCGGGAAUCGUCGAGGCACAGAGACGAUCCAGGUCUACGUCGGGCAUGCCCUCCAUUCAGAAGAGCAUCCUUGGAAGACGCUUGUCGCAUUCGCGCAGGUGCCGCUUUACCCUGGCGAGAGCAGAGCAACGACGCUCGCAUUUACCCGGCGCGAUUUUGCGCAUUUCGACGAGUCGAGCGGGCGUUGGAUCAUUGCGGCAGGGGAGUACCGGGUUCAUGUUGGGACUUCGGUGGUUGAUAUUGCUGGCACUGAGCGUCUCGUCAUGAGAGAGAGCAUGUAA